ACCACCCCUUUUACACCAUUUUCUUCAUCUCUACACUAAUUAAGUAGAGCUAUAUCAAACAAUAAUAACAUGGCAUCUACAUUAUUCUCCAAAUCCCUAGUCCUUUUCCUUGCCCUCAACCUUCUCUUCUUCUCCCUCGUCUCCGCUUGUGGAGAAUGUGGAGGUGGAAGUGGUUACCCUAAGCCCAACCCCAAACCCAGCCCCAAACCUAGUACACCAUACCCUGGAAGUGGCGGAACCCCAGGUAAGGGUUACCCAGGCUCUGGAGGCACCCCCUCAACUGGAGGUGGAGGUGGAGGUAGAGGUGGAAGUGGUGGUGGUGGUGGAGGAGGAGGAGGAGGGGGAGGAGGUGGUGGUGGUAGCGGAGGCGGGGGUGGAGGCUCAUCAAUUGGGGCUUGCCCAACUGAUGCCCUAAAAUUGGGUGUAUGUGCAAAUGUGCUUAGUGGUUUGCUCAACCUUAACAUUGGUACACCUCCAAAGACACCAUGCUGCCCCCUCAUUCAAGGGCUCAUCGAUGCCGAGGCAGCUGUCUGUCUUUGCACAGCCAUUAGGGCUAACAUCUUGGGCAUCAACUUGAACAUCCCUCUCUCUCUUAGCUUGCUUGUUAACUACUGCGGCACCAAUGUCCCUCGGGGCUUCCAGUGUCCUUAAGCGGCUAGCUUAGCUAGCUAUAUAUGCCGUAUACCACCAUCUUACGUGACCGUGUCAUUAUUAUUUUGACGAGUCUUAAUCAAUGACGUCUAUCUUGAUCUAAUAUGAUGUACUACGUACUACUCUUGUAGUUGACAUCAAAAAAAAAAAAAAAAAAAAAAAAAAAAAAGCGAUGGCAUGACGGUUAACUUCUUGUUUCCAUUUUAAUUGCCAUAUUGCAGUAUAGUAUUAAAUUACCAUUUACCAAUUUUUACUAUUGCAUGUGUACGAGUAUUACAAUAUGUACUAUUAAUUGUUUUGAAUACGUCUCUUCCCAAAUGAGGCU